AUGGCACCUUUAAAUUGUGUGUCAUUGGAUCCAACUGUUACAUAUUGUUCCAGCGAGAGUGAGGUUCAUAAAGCGAAUAAUACAUUGUUAGGAGAUACAUUCAGAGUGUGGCAGAGUGCAGAUGCUACUACUCAAGCGACAAUCGAGUAUCAAUUCGAUCGUCCACAUUACAUCCGUGCAAUCGAUGUCACCAACGCUGGUUCAGCAUUCAUCGAGAUACUUGUUGGUCAAGCCACAUGGGAGCCCAAAGAGUUUCAGGUCAUGGUACAAAUGACAACAUUCAUGACACAGAGUGAUAGCAAGGAUAUGACGAAUAAGGCGAGGAUAAAGAGAUUCGAUGGUGCCAAGUUGAACUCUCAAACUACACAUAGACGUUGGGAAAAGGUUAGAGUGGUCUGCAUGCAGCCAUUCAAUCCGGCACACAUUGGCAUUGCCAACAUCAAGUUCUACACUAAACAAGUGACCACUGAGAAGCUGAACAGGAGCACUGAGGCAUCCGCGAUGAUGCUGACCACGCCCACCAAGUCAAAGUCAAGGUUGUCGUCAUCGACACCAACAUCUCUGCUGAGGACACCAUCCCAGUCGUUGCGCACACCAGAGAAGGAGAACAACAACAACUUCACCGAUACAACAGACCCAGAUAUCUCAAUGACUGACAUCGAGACAACGCCCACCAAGUUGAUGAGCGAUGCUACUGAGCCUGAUCUCUCGCUGCACGUCAACACCACACCCAAGCCAGAGAGAUCCCGCACGACGAUGAGCUCGUCAAUCGCCAGCAAUAUACCACCUGGCGAGUUCCUGGUCGUCUCCAAGAAGUCCACCACCUCACUCCUGCAGAACACACCAAGGAAGGGGUCGACCAUCUCAAACGAUGACUCCAAGGUACCCAUGGACACUGACAAGCCAUCCAAGGCCAGCUCCAAGUUAGUUGAGCCGCAAUUGAACGAUGAUGACACUGACUGCGAGGAUGAUGUUCAAUCCAUUGUUGAGCCCAAGAAGGAGGGCAAGUACAAUAUACCAUUCAAUCAGUUGUUGAAAGGUGUAGUUAUAGUCAUUGGAGGUAUAGUCAACCCUGAGAAGGCACAGCUGCGAGUCAAGGCAUUGGAGAUGGGAGCGGACUAUAAGCCAGACUGGUGUAAAGAGGCCACUCACCUCAUCACUCCAUUCAUUGGCACGCCCAAGUCCAAUGCUUGUGAUGGUGCCAUCGUCUUACCAACAUGGAUAAAUGAUUGUUAUAAGAUGAAGACUAGAUUGCCAAUCAAGUCAUACCAGGUGACAGAGACAUUCAAACCAAAGACAAAGGAUUCAGAACAAUCAUCAUCGUCAUCAUCAAAGAAGAGCAGUGACAAGCCUGGCAAGAGCAUUAGUACUGCCCCAUCAAAGAAGAAGAAGAAGGGAAAGAAGACAAAGAAUGUGUUGGAUCCGAGUGAUAGUGAGGACGAGGAUGACGGACUGCCCAACGCCUACGACCUCAACGACGACUUUAUCGACAAUGAGUUUGACGGAUCGGCAUCGUCUGGCGACGAGGAGGACAGUGACCUUGACCUGGCCUAUGACGAAGACACUCGUCUCAAGAGUGCACGCGAGCAAGAGGACGUCAAUGACCUGUUCCGCGAUGCCAAGGACUUCCUGGACAGGACAUACGGCAAUGACAAACUGGUCAAGCAGUUCUACAACAAGCACACUGGAAAGAAUGGUAGCUCGCCUAGCUCAAGGGACAAGAGGAAAGCUGGCGAUCAACGCACACCGGACAAGCCAGCCAAGAAGCUGUCGUACACCGCACAACCGUUUGAGACUGCCAAGGUGCCAUCUGAGCCGCUGUUUGAUCAAGAGAUGCUGUUCAGUGGUGAUGGUACACAAGAGAUAUCGCCAGAGCAAAUCAAGAGUGAGCUGGAGAGGGUCAUUGUUCCUCAAAAGUCAAAGGUCAAGUCUCCAACCAUGGCAUCAAAGCAAACAGAUGUUGACAUGUCCACAGACGAGGAGGAAGAUGUAUUGCCAGAGCACUUUGUAUCAAUAGACAAUAUCAACAACAACAACACCAGCAGUAGUACAACAACAUCAACAUCUGCCAAACCAUCAUCAUCCAGCAAACAGACAACCACCACAACAACAACAACGACAACUUCAACUUCAUCAACAUCAACAAGCAAUAAGAAUGGAACAACGAACAAGGACACAAAGAGCACGGCCAAGAGCACAAGCGAACCACCAAAGACCAUUGUCAAGGGAAAAGAGUACAUUUUGAAUCCAUUGCCAACGUUCUUUGAUGGCGUUGAGUUCUACCUCAGUCUUAAGGAUGAGUCACUUAGGAAGCAGGUCCAACGAUACAUUGUAGCAUAUAAAGGAUCAAUCAAGAGCAUGCCAACAGCCACAACAAAGUACAUCAUUACGGAUAAGGACUGGGACAAGCUGUUUGAUAUCACACAGAAGAAAUACGCAAGUGUUGUAUUCUUGAAGCCAUCAUUCAUCAUGAAGUCGCACAACUAUCAAAAGAUUGCGCCAAUCGAUGGACAUGUAAUUUCCAAGGCUUGA